AUGAAGAAAGUAGUGUUGGUAACCGGUGCAAACAGUGGUAUUGGCCUUGCCCUGUGUGCGCAUCUACUAAGCCAGGAUGCCCAGCUGCAGCUCUGUCUGGCCUGCAGGAACAUGCAGAGAGCUGAGGCUGUCCGACAGGCUCUUCUAGUGUCUCGCCCUCGAGCUCAAGUUACUCUGCUGCACUUAGAUGUGGGCAACAUGCACUCUGUGCUCAGGGCUGCUGAGGAGUUCAAGCAGAAGUGCAACAGAUUGGACUAUCUGUAUCUCAGUGCUGGAAUCAUGCCUAAUCCCAGAGUAGAUCACAAAGCCUUUUAUAAAGGCCUGUUUUCUAUUAAUGUGGUUUGCAUGUUUGCCACGGGGGAGGGUAUUCUGACCCAGGAAGAUAAGGUCAUACCCAUUGGUUUGCAGGAAGUGUUUGCCACUAAUCUUUUUGGUCAUUUCCUUCUGGUAAAGGAACUGGAGCACUUACUGUGUCAGAUGGACCACAAUUCUCUAGUGAUCUGGACAUCCUCCAGUAAUGCCCAGCGAUCUGCUUUUAGUCUAGAUGACAUACAGCAUCAGAAAAGCCAUGAGCCCUACAGCUCCUCGAAAUAUGGGUCUGAUCUACUUAGUUUAGCCCUAAACCGUCACUACAACAACCGGGUAAUCAUCUGUUCACAAGGUUUGUACUCAUCAGUGAUCUGUCCUGGUCUGGUCAUGACUAACCUCACCUAUGGCAUUCUACCAUCAUUCUUCUGGACUCUCAUCAUGCCUAUAAUGUGGCUUAUAAGGAUAUUCACCAACACUUUUACCCUCUCACCUUACAAUGGAGCAGAGGCUUUGUUUUGGCUGUUCAUGCAGAAACCUGAGUCACUGGACCCGAUGGCCAAAUACCACAGUUUGACCUCUGGACUUGGAAACAAUUACACUCAGCCACACAAGAUGGAUAAUGAUGAAAACAUGUCCGAGGCCCUCUAUGUGAAGUUAUUAGAACUUGAGGAUACAGUGCGGAAGAAACUGAGAGAUGAGGAUCUAUAUAUCAAAACAAAAAACUAAAUAUGGACACAAAACCUCAUGCAUUCUAUUGGCUUAUAACACAUUUCAAUCUUGAAAUGUUAUCUAUGGAAUGGAUAAACGCCUCAUGAAUAUUUAUUUUUCUUGAAGAUCUUUAGAAACACUUUAUAUGAAAUGAUUAUGAUAAUCUAGCAUGGCUAUGAACCACAUCAUGUUCUUCACUUAGCUUGUAUUUACAAAAAGUACUUGUAUGCAAAGGACCCUUUUCACAAGACUGUGAUGUAUGUACAUGUA